AUGGCAGGAAUCAUCAACAAGAUUGGGGAUGCACUCCACAUUGGAGGUGGCCACAAGGAAGACGAGCAGAAGAAGGAGGAACACAAGAAACACGCCGACGAGCACAAGAGCGGAGAACACAAAGAAGGUAUUGUUGAUAAGAUCAAAGACAAGAUCCACGGCGGAGAAGGCCAUAGCAGUGGAGACCGCCACAAACACGACGGUGAGAAGAAAAAAAAGAAGGAGAAAAAAGAGAAGAAACACCACGACGGUGGCCACCACAGCAGCAGCAGUGACAGCGACAGCGAUUAA